AAAAUGGAUUGGAAGAACACACUUAUGAUUUUGGCCGCUCUGGCCCUUCACUGCACUGUCUUCGGGGCACUGAUGCGUCCGCUCAACGUUCACGCGGAGGCCAUCGUUGUCGACGACUCCAACACAAGGACUUCUUCGCGAAAGCCAUUACUCCAGAGGAUAGCCGAAGAGAAGCGCCGCCGACUUAUGUCGCACUCGAACUCUCAGAUCUUAUUAAUGAUGCAAAACAAUUGCGAGAACAAAGAGGAAGAAGAGGAGGAGUACGACGAACACGACACCAUCACUUCACUCAAGAAUCGGCUCUUCAAUACUGAGCCCGGAGUCCAUUCCACUCUCUAUUUGGAUCAGUUAUUCUCUCCGCCAACGCCACAGACACCGCAGACACAACAGCUCUCACCUAUUCUUGAGAGAAAAGUGGUUAACUCAGAGAAUUCGAGCCCUCAAUCGUGUCCCGGUUCGCCCACCGAAGACAAAGAUCUGGAAAUGCAAUUACAAGACUCUGCCAUUUCUUUGUCAGGAGAGCUAACAUUUCCCUCGAGUACGACAAUAGCCCCGCAAUCGCCGACCGGAGAUGUGGUCAGCCGUUUGUCCAGCAGUUCUCUACUGACGGCAAACCGCGUCCGACGGCAGACCAGCGCCCGAACGAUGUCUGAGUCGUCGAAUUCGGCGCACACAGUAGUGGCGGCGCCAACACAACCGCUGCAAGUGAUCCUCACAUCGGGAACACCGACCCAUUCGGCCGCCAAUAAAAAUCAAACAAUAACUGUGCGACCCAUCUAUAAGAGGGAUAUCUUCUACUCGGGCUCAACGCUAACCCUUCCGCCCAAUUCAUCCCUACAACACAUCGCAGAAUCGCAGGGAAUAAUCAGCGCUAAUAUGGGUCAGAGUGUGGUUUCAAUACCGGCCCGCGAUAUCAUCCAUAAAGUUCACCAACAAUUGGCUCAAAUGGAAAGCGAGGCUAAAGAUCCGGCGGAAACACACGAACCCAAUCUAUGCGGCAAAUUGUUGACAUUCUUCGGGUUGAAA